CACCAACUUCCUGUACAUCUUUCUUUGCUUUUCAACGUUAUUGUUUUUCCUUCUUUUUGAUACUAGACAAAACAUAUAUUGUUUCAUGAUGUGUCUGAUUAGAUUAACAGUGUUUCUAUUUUUCUUUCUGGAGACUGUAUAUGGGAAAGAAAAUGGUGGCAUUGUGAAUGGAAAAAGUUCACUUAUUUCAUUCAUGUCAUGCAUUGUUUCAGACCCUCAAAACGCUCUAGAGAGUUGGAAGUCACGGGGUGUUCAUGUUUGUGAUUGGUCAGGUGUAAGAUGCAACAAUGCAAGUGACGUCAUCAUAGAGCUUGAUCUCAGUGGAAGGACACUAGGAGGCACCAUUUCCCCUGCUCUUGCCAACAUCUCUUCCUUGCAAAUUCUUGACCUUUCUGGGAACUUUUUGGUGGGUCACAUUCCAAAAGAACUAGGCUAUUUGGUUCACCUUGGAGAACUCAGUUUGUCGGGGAAUUUUCUGGAAGGGCACAUUCCCUCAGAGUUUGGUUCACUUCACAACUUGUACUACCUUGACAUGAGAAGCAAUCAUCUUGAGGGAGAGAUUCCCCCAUCACUUUUCUGUAAUGGAACUUCACUGAGCUAUGUAGACCUCUCUAAUAAUUCCUUAGGGGGACAAAUCCCCUUGAACAAUGAGUGUAUCCUUAAAGAGCUCAGGUACCUGUUACUUUGGUCUAACAAGCUUGUAGGCCAAGUUCCUUUAGCUCUUUCAAACUCUACCAAGCUUAAAUGGCUUGAUUUGGGGUUGAAUAUGUUCAGUGGAGAGCUUCCUUCUAAGAUUGUACAUAAUUGGCCACAACUACAAUUCCUCUACUUGUCAUACAACAAUUUUGCUAGCCAUGAUGGUAAUACCAACCUUGAACCUUUCUUUGCUUCGUUGAUGAAUUUAUCAUACUUUGAAGAACUUGAAUUGGCGGGAAACAAUCUUGGUGGGAAGCUGCCUCAUAAUGUUGGUGAUCUUCCCUCCAGCCUGAAAGAACUUCACCUAGAAAAAAAUCUCAUAUAUGGCUCUAUACCUCCACACAUUUCUAACCUUGUCAAUCUGACUUUCUUGAAGUUGUCCAAUAAUCUAUUAAAUGGAUCAGUCCCUUCAAGCCUUUCCCACAUGAAUAGACUAGAAAGAAUUUAUUUGUCAAACAAUUCACUAUCUGGUGAGAUACCUUCAACCCUUGGUGACAAUCAGCAUCUGGGGCUUCUAGACAUGUCAGGAAACAAGCUAUCUGGUCCAAUACCAGAUAGUUUUGCAAAUCUCUCACAGUUAAGGAGGCUUUUACUUUAUGACAACCAGCUUUCUGGAACAAUCCCACCAAGUCUGGGAAAAUGUGUCAAUUUGGAGAUUUUAGACUUAUCUCACAACAAGAUAACUGGGUUGAUUCCUGGUGAAGUUGCAGCCUUGAAUAGCUUGAAACUAUACUUGAAUUUAUCAAACAAUAACUUACAUGGUUCUUUACCAUUAGAACUCAGCAAAAUGGACAUGGUGCUAUCUAUUGAUGUAUCCAAGAACAAUCUCUCUGGCAGCAUUCCACCACAACUUGAAAGUUGCACAGCACUGGAGUACCUCAACCUCUCUGGUAAUUCCUUUGAAGGCUCUCUCCCUUAUUCUUUAGGCCAAUUGCUCUAUAUUCGAGCACUUGAUGUGUCUUCAAAUCAUUUGAUUGGGGAAAUACCAGAUUCCUUUAAGUUGUCUUCCUCUCUCAAGGAACUUAAUUUCUCUUUCAACAAAUUCUCAGGGAAUGUCUCAAAUAAUGGAGCAUUUUCAAAUCUUACCAUAGACUCUUUCCUUGGAAAUAGUGGUCUAUGUGGCCCUUUUGAAGGCAUGCAAAGAUGUCACAAGAAACGUAGUUAUCAUUUGGUGUUCUUGUUGAUUCCUGUGUUACUUUUUGGCACACCUCUCAUAUGCAUGUUUUUAAGGUACUCAAUGGCAAUCAAGUCAAAAGUUACCAAGCAAUGUUCAUUUGUUAGCAGAGGUGAUUUGGAGAAUAAUGAAGAGGGAACAAAAGAGCUCAAGUACCCUAGAAUUUCAUAUAGACAACUUAGAGAAGCCACUGGAGGCUUCAGUUCUUCAAGCUUAAUUGGUUCAGGCAGGUUUGGACAGGUCUACAAAGGAAUGCUUCAUGAUAAUACAAGAGUAGCUGUGAAGGUGUUGGAUACAACAGGUGGUGAGAUGUCAAGGAGCUUUAGAAGGGAAUGUCAAAUCCUGAAAAAGAUAAGGCACAGAAAUUUGAUAAGGAUCAUCACAAUUUGCUGUAGGCCAGAAUUUAAUGCCAUUGUUUUUCCCUUGAUGCCAAAUGGUAGCCUUGAGAGGCACCUAUAUCAAAGCCAAAGAUUUGAUGUGGUUCAGUUAGUAAGAAUCUGCAGUGAUGUAGCUGAGGGAAUUUCCUAUCUGCACCAUUACUCUCCAGUGAAAGUAGUGCAUUGUGAUCUUAAGCCAAGUAAUAUACUCCUUGAUGAAGAUAUGACAGCUUUGGUUACUGAUUUUGGAAUUUCAAGGCUUCUGCAUAGUGAUGAGAAUAUUUCCACAAGUAACUCAGCAUCAUUCAGUUCAACACACGGUUUGUUAUGUGGCUCGGUUGGUUAUAUAGCUCCUGAAUACGGAAUGGGAAAGCAUGCUUCAACUGAGGGUGAUGUGUACAGUUAUGGAGUACUUGUGUUGGAGAUGGUCUCAGGAAGACGCCCCACAGAUGUCCUCAGCCAUGAAGGCUCAAGCUUGUGUGAGUGGAUUAAGAGACAAUACACACAACAACACCAACUUCAAAACCUUGUUGAACAAACACUGCAAAGGUUCUCUCCUUGUGGCAUACCAUAUCAUCGUAACAAAAUUUUGAAAGACGUUAUUCUGGAACUCAUUGAGCUAGGGCUUCUCUGCACACAGCAUAAUCCUUCAACAAGACCAACCAUGUUGGAUGUAGCACAAGAGAUGGGUAGGUUGAAGGACUACCUUACUAAGUCAACCUUGCCUCGUCAUUCAAGUCAAUCCCCACAUUGA